UUUGUAGAUGAUCAAGGUCAUAUUCCAUCUAGUUUCCGCGGUUCUCUACGCAGCUGUUUGCUACCGAGACACCACCAUUGUCACUGGAGCACUCUUGCCAAUCCCUUACCAGACAUGGUCCCGAUUUGUAUGGCUGACUAUUAUUGACUUGUACAUGCAACUUCUCUACCACACCAUUGGUUUCAUCCUCGCCGUCGUUUCCCCGAACAAGAGACACAUCAUCUUUGACUAUUGGGCACGUGCUCUCACCGGACCCAUUGGAGUUGCGGUCACCGUUCUUUUCUGGGGACUCUUCCUCUUUGACCCGGCAACACUGGCUCGUGAUGAAAUGGCAAUGAAGAUCCUGACACUUUUCUGGUUCAAUCACGGACUUCACACCCUCCCCGCAAUCACUGCCCACUUGGACCUUGCCAUCUACAAUCAUACUUCGUUUUCAACCAGCGCCAUCCUCAAGGGAAUCGCUGUUUUUGUGACGCUCUACUUGAUUGAUUUCCAGCCUCCAUUACGUCUUCUACACUUCUGGCUUCUGGGCGUACCCGAUUCUCGGAGAACUUGCCGCACCAUUCCGCCUUGUGUUCAUUGCUGCCUGCAUGUUCAUUGUCUACCUCGGCUACGUGUGGCUAUCUUUCCUCGGUGCCCUCGUGCACGGAGUCGAGAAACCAAAGAACAAAAAAAGAAAUUAAAAUAUUUAUUUUGCUGUGGUUUUUGAUGUGUGUUUUUUAUAAUGAUUUUUGAUGUGACCAAUUGUACUUUUCCUUUAAAUGAAAUGUAAUCUUAAAUGUAUUUCC